AUGUAUAUCGUGCUCCGAACUAUCAACUGCCUCGAUGUUCUUGAUAACUUCGUCGACCUUGGAUUCUCCGAUUACUUGUUCCCCGUAACCGAGAAAAGUCUUCCACACUGUCUGCGCCCAAGCUAUCGCUCCAAGUUUGUGGAUACCCAGGGUCUGGUAUUGACAAAGUCCAUGAAUCUCGAGAAUGGUCAAACGGGCCAACACUGCCACUUUCGGCGGGACGAACCUUUACCUAUUGAGACAAAAGGAAUCUUGGGCUCCGGAGGGUUUGGCCAAGUAGACAAGGUUCUUAGCUUGAUCAGUUUCCGUGAGUACGCAAGGAAACGUGUGCCUCGAGCUUCCAUAUUUGGCGGGCGGAGAACAGAAGCCAUGAAGCAGUUCAUUGCCGAAAUUCAGAUCCUUAAACGCCUGGCGCACACCCACAUUGUCGAUUUCGUUGGAAGCUACACUGAUUCCCGAUAUGUGUGCUUGAUCAUGUCACCCGUGGCAGAUAUGGACCUAUCUGCCUACCUUACGCGUAUUGACUCGGUCAAGCAUGCGGACCUGCGCACGUUUUUUGGCUGUCUAGCUACGGCGCUUAAGUAUCUGCAUUCAAAAAACAUUCGACACAAGGACAUCAAACCGCAAAACAUCUUGGUGAAACAUGGCAAAGUCAUAUUUACCGAUUUCGGGCUUUCGUUAGACUUUACAGAUGCCAAUGGGAGCACGACGGUCAGCAUGGUAAACGGGAUGACUCCGAAGUACUGCGCGCCCGAAGUCGCGCUGCAUGAGCCUCGAAACACGUCAUCCGAUAUCUGGAGUCUUGGAGUGGUCUUCCUCGAAAUGGUUGUGGUACUUAAAGGGCUGCCAGUUGAGUAUAUGUACGAAUUUUUGAAAGAGCACGGAUCUCGAGAACCGUAUGUCCGCUCGAACCCUACUGCCUUGCAAGAGCUUCUUGCAGAGCUUGAAGGAAUGCCGAAUCUAUGCGACAAUCGGGUUGUGGCGUGGGUCCAACAAAUGCUGCUGGUAGAGCGACAGUCACGGCCAACCGCGUCUGCUCUGGUGGCAUCCAUCACUGCCGCUAGUAGUGAUGGGAGAAAUAGCGCAAUUUUCUGCGGGAUAUGUUGUCGUUUUUUGGACGAAGAAUUUUCUGACACUUCCGAUGAGCUGGACGACUUCGUUGUACGCUGA